AUGGCCUCAGCCCUGGACCCGGGUCCGCUGGGGCGGAACCCCUGGGAGACGGCCCGGCUGGAGUCAGGGCUGGCCGGAGGUCAGGCGGCCCGCGGGCCCCCCACGGCCAGCUCUGAGGGCACCGGGAGCGCUAAGGUUACGGCGUCCGACGCAGGGCCGGUGGGUGCAGGCGAUUAUCUGCGCGGCCGCCGGUGUUGUGUGUCCCGCGGGCAGGGCCCGAGUUACAAGCGCCAGGAAUCCAGACGGUGUUUGGAGACGGGGGGCGGCGGGGGAGGCCGGUCCGGACAGGCCAAGAUGACGCCCAGCCCCACGUUAUUGCUGCUGCUGCCGCCACUGCUGCUGGGGGCCCUCCCGCCGGCCGCCGCCGCCCGAGGCCCCCCGAGGAUGGCGGACAAGGUGGUCCCGAGGCAGGUGGCCCGUCUGGGCCGCACCGUGCGGCUGCAGUGCCCUGUGGAGGGGGACCCGCCGCCGCUGACCAUGUGGACCAAGGACGGCCGCACCAUCCACGGCGGCUGGAGCCGCUUCCGCGUGCUGCCCCAGGGCCUGAAGGUGAAGGAGGUGGAGCGGGAGGACGCGGGCGCCUACGUGUGCAAGGCCACCAACGGCUUCGGCAGCCUCAGCGUCAACUACACCCUCAUCGUGAUGGAUGACACUGGCCCGGGAAGGGAGCGUCUGGGGCACGAUGGCUCCUCUGGGGGCCAGGAGGACCCAGCCAGCAAGCAGUGGGCCCGGCCCCGCUUCACGCAGCCCUCCAAGAUGCGGCGCCGGGUGAUCGCUCGGCCGGUGGGCAGCUCCGUGCGGCUCAAGUGCGUGGCCAGCGGGCACCCGCGGCCUGACAUCACGUGGACGAAGGACGACCAGGCCUUGACGGGCUCGGAGGCCGGCGAGCACAGGAGGAAGAAGUGGACGCUGAGCCUGAAGAACCUCCGUCCCGAGGACAGCGGCAAGUACACGUGCCGCGUGUCGAACCGGGCGGGCGCCAUCAACGCAACCUACAAGGUGGACGUGAUCCAGCGGACGCGCUCCAAGCCGGUCCUCACGGGCACGCACCCUGUGAACACGACGGUGGACUUUGGGGGCACCACGUCCUUCCAGUGCAAAGUGCGCAGCGACGUGAAGCCAGUGAUCCAGUGGCUGAAGCGCGUGGAGUAUGGCGCCGAGGGCCGCUACAACUCCACCAUCGACGUGGGCGGCCAGAAGUUCGUGGUGCUGCCCACGGGCGACGUGUGGUCGCGGCCCGACGGCUCCUACCUCAACAAGCUGCUCAUCGCCCGCGCCCGGCAGGACGACGCCGGCAUGUACAUCUGCCUGGGCGCCAACACCAUGGGCUACAGCUUCCGCAGCGCCUUCCUCACCGUGCUGCCAGACCCCAAGCCGCCAGGGCCGCCCGUGGCCCCCUCGGCCCCGACCGCCAGCUUGCCGUGGCCCGUGGUCAUCGGCAUCCCGGCCGGUGCCGUGUUCAUCGUGGGCACCGUGCUCUUGUGGCUCUGCCAGGCCAAAAAGAAGCCGUGUGCACCCGCGCCCGCCGCUGCUGCGCCCGCACACCGCCCGCCGGCCACCGCCCGCGACCGUGGCGGGGACAAGGACCUGCCUGUGCCAUCCGGCCUCGGCACCACCCCUGGCGUGGGGCUGUGUGAGGAGCUGGGGCCUCCAGCCGGCCCCCAACACCUGCUGGGCCCCGGCCCGUCGGCCGGUCCCAGGCUUUACCCCAAGCUCUACACAGAUGUGCACACCCACACGCACACACACACGCACUCACACACGCACUCUCACGUGGAGGGCAAGGUCCACCAGCACCAGCACAUCCACUACCAGUGCUAGAUGGUGACGCCUUUGGGGCGCCAGCCCGCUGCAGCCGCGGGUGCCAGUGGAGGUCAAGGUGGGCAGGCAGGCUCGGGGGGAGGGCCGCGGAGGGGGCUGAGCCGCAGGCGGGAGAUGCCGCCAGCACCCCGGGGUGCCCGGUGUGUGUGACACGCAUGCGUGUGUGGCCUAGCUCUGGAUGUACACACACGCACACACACACGCACACACAUCCUCAGACUACGAUGCUCCAGGAAGGCCUGUUUGUGCCUUUGCAGUGUGCAUGUAGCAGCGUGCUGGUCGAUGAAGGAGUCCCUUGGCCCCUGUGAGGAGGAUUUCACAGGGACCCCGGUCAAGCCCCCCGCCCCGCCCCUGGCAGGAGAUCUGAGAGGCACCCCGGUUUCGUGAACCGAGACCUCUCGCCCCUUCCCCGGGGCCUCUGCAGGCGGGUGGCUAUUUUUGCCACCACACGUCUGGGUGUACAGGAGGUCCCCCCCCCCCCGCCCCGCCCCCGGGACCCUGGGCCAGGAGUCAGGCACAGCAGUCCUGGCCGUGUCCCGAGAGGCUGGAGCCCGGCUGGGGGUGACCCUGCCCCAUCCGGCCUCCCGCUGCCAGAGAGAAGGGCCCUCGAUAUUUAUAUUUAAGAAAUUAAGAUAAUAAUAUUAAUAACGCUGGAAGGGAGGUGGCGCCGCAGACCCGGCUUGUCCUUGGGCCUGGGACGCACCUGGCCUGACGGCCACCUCGGGGCUGCACACCCAUGGCCCACUGCCGGCGGCAGCCCCAGACCUCUGUAAUUUUAUAUAGAUCUUGAGCUGAAGCUUUGUAUAUUUAAUUUAUUUUGUUAAACGAGAAAAUGUGCAUCCUUUCCUCUAA